CUUUUAGUUUAACAAAUUUAACUUCGCGCGUGCAUUUUUAAAGCAUACGUUGCUGUUUUUAGGGCAUUUUUUCGGAAUUUAACUAUACAUUAGUCGUUGUUGAUUAUGCGUUUCGGCAUUUGUUCGCUCAAAACUAGCAUGUAAAUUCUACUAAACCGAUGGACUAAUAGAUACGAGCAUAUUAUAGUCGAAAGAAACUUUUUUCGUUUACAAGAUCACAAUAGCAAAUUAUAAAAUUAAUUAAAUUCAAAUAAAGUUAAACGAAAUGAAAAUAUUAAACAAACAAGUACCUAGUUUCGUUAUUAUUACGUUAAAUAAAUAUAAUUAAAUACGUUCGGUAACGUGAUUUUUAUAAUAUCUUCUGUAGAGCAUUCUGUAUGGUUUUUAAAGCAUUUUUUGCUAUUUUCAAAUCAUUAAAAUCCCAACCCUAAUGACGACGAUCGCCGUACACCGGUGGCAUCGUUCGGCCGACCGUCUCGCCAAAGCCAAAGUCGGACGAUCGCGGAAGCGAUCAGUACGCGCGUGUCGAUAAUCGAGUCGACCUAUCGUCUCGAUUGCGUACCGCCCGUUCGAAAGCGUCCGGUCCGUGCGUGUUGUUGCGUGUUUCGUCAGGUUCGCCGCCGAUCACUUUUCACGAUGUCCGGCACGGUUCGUUGUCCAUUAUCAAACAUGACCGUGUUACGAGUCCCGUCCGUGGUAAUUACAACGCUCCGUAAAUUUUAUUCGGCAGUGCCGUUUGCUCAGUAGACUCGUGUUCUCUUGUUUUCGUACGUUUCGUUUCCAGCUCUUUCACUCUUGCCCGGAUUUUCAUCGUUUUCAUUUUUCUCGAAUAAUUUAGGAAUGGCAAAUCAAACUAUAAAGAGAAAAGUAGAAGGCAAUAAUUCACGUAAUGUUACUGCUGACUUGAAUGAUGAUGAAUUUGAUAUCACUUGGGGUGGCAAACGAUCUCGAUACAUCUACAAUUAUACUUUGCAAUCCCCCAAUAGUAUUAUCAAUGAAGAUUCAGAUGACACUGAAAGUAUACUUAGUAUACAGUCAAAGACUACAAUAGAAGCUGUAAGCUCAAAUGAUAGUUCUGACAGUUGCAGUUCUGAGUGUGACUGUCAGGAUUCUAGUCAGUCAACUAUUCACUCAGAAUAUGAGGUGGUAAAUUCAUCUUCACCAAACUGUAUUAUUGAUUCAAAUUCUUCAGAUUCUUCUUCAUUAUUUGAUUACGAGGUUCAGAAGAUGGAUAUAGUAUGUGAUAUACCAAUACUUGAUUCUGAUAUUGGAUAUUUACCUGAUGAUUCUGACACCAAAUUAUCUUUACAAAAAAAUAAAUGGCCAACACCGGCGUGCUUUAAAAAAUGUUUACAGUGUCUAAAAGAAAAUUCAAACCCAUAUUUUCAAUAUUGUUUUACAUGUUUUAAAUAUCGGAUGGAUUUUUUUGGGAGUAAACCCAAGCCCAAAAAAGUGAAAUGUUCAAAUGUGUCUAUUCAUAAGAGUGAAGAAUGUUCGUUAAAAGAUUCCCAAGAUUCUGGCAUAUCAAAUUCUCAACAAUCCAAUAAGAUUGGCAUAUCCAGUUUAUUUUUAAAUAAAAGUAGUUUUAAAAAUGUUGAAAACCGUACAGUUGAAAUGUUUGAAGAAUUAUGCAAUAUCUGUUUUAAUUGGCCAAAGAAUGGGGUGUUUACUCACGGGAAAACAUCUCAUAUUUAUUGCUGUUAUGGUUGCGCUAAGCAGUUGUGGAAAAAAAAUAAUAAAUGCCCACUUUGUAAUGUAAAGGUUAAAUUAGUCACUAAAAUGAUCGUUGUAUAGUUAUUUUUCUGUUAGAUUAUAUAUUUUU